AUAAAUAUUGCGAUAGUGAAAUAUUUGUGACCAAGCUAGCCGUGGAUAAUCUCAUUACUUGUGUAAAUGAGAGUAACGAUGUGUUAUCGCAACAACAAAUGAACAGUGAUCAAAUCUUCUUUAAUUGUGUAGUAUUUCGUUGGUACAAAAUAUUGUAGCCGCAAUGAUGAAGAGUACGUUACCUAAGGACAAACCUGGCAAAAUGAGGAUCCGAGCAUUCCCAAUGACUAUGGAUGAGAAGUAUGUGGAGAGCAUAUGGAGUUUACUAAAGAAUGCGAUACAGGAAAUACAAAAGAAGAACAACUCGGGUCUAUCCUUUGAGGAACUUUAUCGCAAUGCUUAUACCAUGGUCCUCCACAAACAUGGUGAAAGACUUUACACUGGAUUGAAAGAAGUGGUCACUCAACAUCUCGAGACAAAGGUCAGGGAAGAUGUCCUGCACUCAUUACACAAUGGAUUCCUUCAGACCCUCAACAAUGCUUGGACAGACCAUCAAACUAGUAUGGUCAUGAUCCGAGACAUACUAAUGUACAUGGACAGGGUAUAUGUACAACAAAAUGAGGUGGACAAUGUUUACAAUCUGGGACUUAUUAUAUUUAGAGACCAGGUUGUUCGUUAUGGGUGCAUCCGUGACCACCUACGUCAGACACUGCUAGAGCUAGUGGCCCGCGAACGUCGUGGUGAAGUAGUAGACCGGCUGGCGAUACGCAACGCUUGCCAGAUGCUCAUGGUGCUCGGCAUCAACUCACGCGCCGUUUACGAGGAAGAUUUUGAGAAGCCGUUCCUGCAUCAGUCUUCCGAGUUUUACAGGAUGGAAUCUCAAAAAUUCCUGGCGGAAAAUAGCGCAGCGGUUUACAUAAACCGUGUUGAGGCCCGCAUCGCUGAAGAAGCUGAGCGAGCUCGUCACUACCUGGACGAGAGCACCGAGCCACGCGUCGUCGCGGUCCUCGAACACGAGCUCAUCGAGCGACAUAUGAAGACCAUCGUUGAGAUGGAGAACUCGGGCGUGGUGCACAUGUUGAUGCACACGCGCACGCUGGAGCUGGCGUGCGUGUACAAGCUGCUGUCGCGGGUGGCGGAGGGGCUGCGCACCGUCGCCGACGCUGUCUCCGCGCAUCUGCGCGAGCAGGGCCGCGCCCUCGUCACCGACACGCACCACAACACUAACGCCAUCACAUUCGUGCAGAAUCUUCUCGACCUGAAGGAUAGAUUUGACCAUUUCCUUCAAAAUUCCUUUAACAAUGACAAGAUUUUCAAACACAUGAUUGCAUCCGACUUUGAAUACUUCCUCAACUUGAACAGCAAAUCUCCAGAGUUUUUAUCGCUGUUCAUUGAUGGGAAGCUAAAGAAGGGCGAAAAAGGCAUGAGUGAACAAGAAAUCGAAGCUGUGUUGGAUAAAACUAUGGUGUUGUUCAGAUUCUUGCAAGAGAAGGAUGUGUUCGAGCGUUACUACAAGCAGCACUUGGCUAAGCGAUUGUUACUCAACAAAUCCGUCUCCGAUGACAGUGAGAAGAAUAUGAUCUCGAAACUGAAGACUGAAUGCGGUUGUCAGUUUACAUCAAAGCUGGAAGGAAUGUUCAAAGACAUGACUGUCUCAAACACCAUAAUGGAAGAAUUCAAGGAACAUGUGAUGUCAUCCGGGAUCAACUUACAUGGUGUGGACCUCUCAGUGCGUGUCCUUACAACUGGCUUCUGGCCAACACAAAGCGCGACGCCCAAGUGCAACAUCCCAACAGCCCCGCGGAAUGCGUUUGAAGUUUUCAGAAGCUUCUACCUGGCGAAGCACUCGGGGCGGCAGUUGUCGCUGCAGCCCCAGCUGGGGUCCGCGGACCUGAACGCGACGUUCCGCGCGGCCGCGUCGUCCCCGCCGCGCUCUCCGCCCGCCCCCGCCGCGCCGCGCCGUCACAUCAUACAGGUCUCCACCUUCCAGAUGUGCGUCCUUCUACUGUUCAACAAGCGCGAACGACUCACUUAUGAGGAAAUACUCAACGAGACUGAUAUUCCGGAGAAAGAUCUGGUCCGGGCCCUGCAGUCGCUAGCGAUGGGGAAACCGACGCAGAGGGUGCUUAUCAAGCAACCGAAGACUAAAGAGAUAGAGCCAUCUCAUCAAUUCUACGUGAAUGAUGCCUUUACUUCUAAGUUACAUAGAGUUAAGAUCCAGACUGUAGCAGCUAAAGGCGAAUCUGAACCAGAGCGACGUGAAACACGUAACAAAGUAGAUGAAGACCGUAAACAUGAAAUUGAAGCAGCCAUCGUGCGUAUCAUGAAGGCCAGGAAGAAGAUGGCGCAUACGCUCUUGGUCGCCGAAGUAACAGAACAAUUACGUGCACGUUUCCUACCGUCGCCAGUGGUCAUCAAGAAACGCAUCGAAGGGCUCAUUGAACGAGAGUACCUCGCUCGCACGCCUGACGACCGCAAAGUCUACACUUACGUCGCAUAGGCCACCACAAACUCAAGAUCGUUAAGUCCUUGAAGGGGAUGCCAAGUUAGAAGUGAUAGAAGU